AUGACCGCCCCGACAUCCCUCCUCGCCCCCAUCUACACCUACCUCCUCGGCAACAACUGCCGCAUCACCGCCACCAACGACUACGUCGGCCACUACCUCACCCUCCUCGCCAACUUCCGCACCCCCUGGACCACCGCCGAGGCCCGCCUCCUCUGCAACGAAUACUCCCUCCUCUUCCACCACGAGCUCUCUGCUUCCGCGCGCAUCGCAACCCCACCCGCCAACUUCCGGACCUCAGAGCAGCUGGCCGCAUGUACCAUGCACUGCCGUUCUCAGGCACCGGCGCUUGUCUCACGGCUCGAGGAGCUGCAGGCGUACGGUGAGACGCUGGACUGCUUUGAGGACCAGAUGACGCCGGUGGAGCGGCGGGUGUGGUUCAAAGCGCGGGCUGUGGCGGCGCUGCCAUGGAGUGAGGUGUGGAGUGUAGGGGCUGGGGGGGAGCGGUUCUUGCCGGCGAGGCUGGUGGAGCUGCAUCACGAUGUGUGGCUGCAUGCUAGUUUUGAGGAGGAGAGUGGGAGUGAGGGAGAGGGGGAUGAUGAGGAUGAUAGGGCGUGGGUGGCGGGGGUGUGGCAGCGGUUGAGGGAGGUGAGGGAGUUUGUGGAGGGGGGAAUGGAGGUGGUGCCGUAG